AUGUCGGUAAACGUGGGUACCGUGGGCAAUCUGCCAAUCCGCCUCCGCAACUUCUUCGCCCGCUAUCCUCCUCAGAUUUACUCCGCGCUCGUUGCACCCCGAUUAACUCCCCCGGAGGGCGAAGCUUCCGAACAAACCCUUCCAUCACCGUACACCCCCGACCGUGAUGUCAAGGGUGCUCACAAGCCUGAUCCCGAGGCCUUCUCUCCUGCAAAGGCUCUCCUGUACAAUAACCCCGAAGCUCGCAACCCGUUCUUGCCCCAAAAGAUCUUCCGUACCGGCAAGUGGCUCGGUCCCCGAUACGGGCUACGACAACAGGCCGACCUUGUAAAAAUGGCUGCGAAAUACAACGUGGAGCAACUACUCCCUCCUGGUAUCAAAUCGACAGAAUACAAAGCUGCACGUUUGGCUGAGCGUGGUCUGCGUAUCAAGGGUACUGGUAUUGGCCAGAAGGUCAAGGGUCACAAGUGGGAGCGCACUAUGGAGGCCAGACUCGAGGAUCGUCGCAAGGCGAUGGUGGAGAUGCCGGAGAUGAUCCGUUUGUGGAAGCAGAGAGGUCAUGGUCGUGGCUGGCGCCAGUGGCCCAAGCGGUAA